AUGGCAUGGGGUAUUUUUUCGAGCCAGGGUCUAAGUAGAAAAAUAGUCGUCGUCAGACGAAAACUCAUCGCCAAACAAACCGUCAUCCGGAUUGAUCAAGAAUCCUUGUCCGGUCAUACUUUCGUAGAAAAGAUAAUGGCUCGGUUCCGCGUAGUGUCCUUCUCUAGUGUUGGAGACAUCCAUGGUUCGGCAAACAAAAUGCACCUUGGUUUUCCCUUGAUGGUAUUCUUCUUGGUUGUUGAUUUGGGCCUUCUGGUUUUGCACACCUUUCUUUCGAUUGUUCUUGUUUUGGGACCUGUAUUUCAAGGCGUAAGGAAUUGGGCAGAAUUUUUUCCUCAAAUGCUUCGUAUUGCGGUACCACCAAGAGAUCUGGGUGGAAAUGUCAGGCCCUGCCUUCUUUGCCUCAGCAAUAGAGUCGGCAAAGUCAUCUACUCGCACCAACGGACUGGGAAUCCAAGUAGUGAGGCUUGUAAUGAACGUUUGCCAAAUUUGUUCAGGAGUAGCAGAGUAGACAAGGAGAUGGUGGAGCAAAGGACGGAAGUUGCCUAG